CACAGUUCUUCUAGCAGAAGAUACACGACCCAAGUGAGUCACGGGCUGUUUUUCGUAACUACCCCUCCUUUUAACCCCUCAUGAGAACGGAAUGGACCUUCACUUCUGCUGGGAAAUUCAUGUCACAAGAAAUCAUCAGAACAUCGGCGACAUCAUUCAAUCUUUGAACACACACCGAGUCAAUACUCUCACCGAACUCUGUCGUAUUGAGCGUAUAGCUGCUUCCGGGUCCGAGGAUGACCAGCUCGCCUUCCAAGAGCCCAUGACCUCGGCUUGGAGUUAUUAUGUCAACUCCAACCAAAUGCUCAAUGAGCUUCGAAACCUCACACGCGACUACCCCUUUAGUAGCGAUGUUUUGGACGAUGCCAAAUGGAGAGUAAGCAACGACCCUGCGAGCAAUCGCACAUGGAACUAUGCUUGGUUGGUGUUGAUCAAAAUGAAAGACGAUGAAAUGAUUGAAGCCUACGCAGCUUCUGAAGCAGCCAAACCCGAAAUGUGGGCUGGACGAACACCUGAUGACGAGGAAGCACAGCAACUUGCUGCUUGCUUCGCUUAUGCUUGGAAUUCAGCUCUAGAGCAGAUGUUGCGCCAUUGGGAUACUGCCCCAUCUAGAACUGGCAACUGAACACUGUUCACAGACUGUUGCUUUUCAAAGCAACAUCAGAAGGAUACGAGAUACACGAGCCACGGGGCGUAUGAAUCAAUAGAUCUCUUUGUUUUUCUGCUAUGAUUUUUUGAAUUUCUGGGAUUUCUUUAGCGAUUGAUGCAUAGCGUGCAGGAGCAA